UGUUCCUAGGGAUACUGUAGGGGCGUGUCAUGUGGAUCAUGAUCAUCUUUACGUGUAUGUGUACAGAGGGAAAAGCCGUACGUUUGUAAAGAUAAUAUGUACAAUACGAUUUGAUGCUAAAGCUAAUUGCCAGUGACAAACUCAACUGUGAAGAACAGAUCAGCUCCGAUUGCUUGACUGUUUGAAGCCGCACCAACCAAUGGCACCGAUUGACAGCGCAAAAUAAACAUAGAACAGUCGUGGCCCGUGUCUCGCCAAACUCCAAACGCACUAUGCGACGAGAUGGACAAAGAAUGAUUUCUAUGUCUUAUGAAUUUUGGAUUAUCACGGUGUUUAGGUGAACAAGGCUACUGUCCGGUGUUGACAUCUCGUGAAUUAUGGCAGUUCUGUAUGGAAUCAUAUUUCUGUUUUGGUUAGUGGAUGAGUGCACAGCUUCCAAGAAGUACUGCUGGUAUUUUGAAGGAGGCUACCCGAUCUAUUUCAUGCCGGGUGGAGUUUGGUUAAAGAAAAUGGUCCCUGGAUGUGGAUGAAUACAGAGAAAUCACCCAGAUGCCGGUCGUAUGAGGACUGUUGUGGGACGCGGUGCUGUGUCCGAGCUCUCUCCAUACAGAGACUAUGGUACUUCUGGCUACUGCUGAUGAUGGGCGUGUUGUUCUGCUGUGGGGCAGGGUUUUUCAUCCGCAGACGCAUGAACCCCUCCCCGCUUCCUGAGGACACCUUCAAUGUGUCAUUCACCAGACAUCCAAUGACAGCUUCAGAAAUGCAGCAGCCCGGCAUGCAAAACUAUGGAGCCUCAGGAGGGAUGAUCCUCACCCCUACAUACCCCAUACAGGCCCAUCCCCACCCGGUCCACCCCUCCCACAUGGCAGCACCCUACCCACACCCUCCCCCUCCCGCCUACUGCAACCUCCCUCCUCCACCCUACGAACAGGUGCUGCAGGCUUCGGAAAAGAGGUAACCAGGAGGAAAAGGACAUUGGAAUUAAUUAAAUGAUUUCAAACUCUUUAGAGUUCUCAACCCUGCCACAACUGACAGCAGAGAUGGGUCACUGGCCCACGUUCGAGUAGAAAGCUAGUCUGGUAUGGUAAUAAAAUAGCUUCUCGAUGGUAAAAACAUCCAUGCUCAUUAAGGGCUGGUUUCCUGGACACAGAUUAACCCUGAUCCUGGACUAAAAAGUAUGCAUUGAAACAUGUAUUAUAAUAGCUUUUUAGUCCGGGACUAGGCUUAAUCUGUAUUUGAGAGCAGCCUCAGUUUGAAUCACAAUGGAUCGGACUCAGUGUUUGUUUUCAUGCCACCUCUCUAAGAUGUCGACCAGAGGUGAGACCCAAUGGUAUAAAACAGACAUGGAUCCAGACAGUUUGUCUAUUAACAACUAGCCUGCCUGCCUGCAUGGUGCUCUGUCAACAACACUGUGUCAGCUGGAGGAGUAGCAUCUAUCUGAGCAUAACUCAGAUCACCCACUCAGGAUACUGUAUUAUCGCCCACUAUCUGUUAUGUUUUUAAUAUCACUGCUGUCGGAGCAUUUAGUAUCUCUAGUACAGAUCAGCAGCCUAGUACAGAUCAGUAGAUUAGAUCAGAUCAGUAGCUUAUAAUACUGUGGACAUACUGUAGAAAUACCAACUCUGUUUCCCUUUGUGUCCCUCAAAAUGCAUUUUGUGUAUGUCUUCCAGUGGAGGCUGCGGAGGGGAGAAUGGAGCAAAUGGAAUGGCAUCAAACACAUGGCAACCAUGUUUGAUGUAUUUGAUACCAUUCCACUGAUUCCACUCAAGUCAUUACCACGAGUCCAUUCUCCCCAAUUGAGGUGCCACCAACCUCCUGUGAUGUCUUCUAUAUUUUAUUCAAGUAGUGUAGCCAAUAAUCUAUGCAAUUUGCUAAUGAAUUCAGAUGUAGAUUGUGGUUGUUGUUUCUCACAAUGUUUUCAAGUUAUCCUGAAUUAGCAUAGUACACAGUUAACAUGUAUCACCAGCUCGCCUAAUAAAGUUUGGCUCUGGGGGAAGUGAUUUAUCUGGAAAUGUAUUGUGUUUCUUCCAAAUGGUUCAAGAUAAUGCCACUACAAUGCUCUGUACACAGAUUCCAAAUCUAAUAUUUCUCAUCACAAGUUUCUAGUGUUCACUUUUCUCAUUCAACAAUAAUACUAAUACAUUACUUUAAACCA